UGGUGGAAACCAGCAGGAAGAGCGCUUGUGUCGUGAGAUCCGUCAAAUUCGGACAGACCAGCCAACUCGUACUGCUACGACAGAUUAUCCCUCCACACUACCAAAAAUACUGCGCCCGCUUCUUAGUAGCCGUCUUUGGGGUUGCGGCCAAAUCAAGACAAAUCUGCGGACGUUGCUGCCGCACUUUAAGAAGAGUCACUUACCCCCCAUUUCCCGGAAAUACAGCGCAGAGGACAUCGGUGUGAGGAUGGCUGCAUACAAACUGGUCCUGAUCCGCCAUGGAGAGAGCUGCUGGAACCAGGAAAACCGCUUCUGCGGCUGGUUCGACGCGGACCUGAGUGAGACCGGGGAGCAUGAGGCAAAGAGAGGUGGACAGGCCUUAAAAGAUGCUGGCUAUGAAUUCGAUAUUUGCUACACCUCAGUCCUAAAGAGGGCCAUCCGCACCCUGUGGUUUGUUCUGGACAGCAUCGACCAGAUGUGGCUGCCCGUCCACCGGACCUGGCGCCUGAAUGAGCGCCACUACGGGGGCCUGACUGGGCUGAACAAGGCUGAAACAGCAGCUAAACACGGAGAGGCCCAGGUCAAGAUCUGGAGGCGCUCUUUUGACAUUCCUCCCCCAUCCAUGGAUGAAGGGCAUGACUUCUAUCAGAGCAUCAGCAAGGACCGGCGUUAUGCCGACCUGACAGAGGACCAGCUUCCCAGCUGUGAGAGUCUCAAGGACACCAUUGCCAGGGCUCUGCCCUUCUGGAACGAAGAGAUCGUUCCACAGAUCAAAGAGGGAAAGAGGGUGCUGAUUGCUGCCCAUGGCAACAGUCUCCGGGGCAUCGUCAAGCAUCUUGAGGGUAUGUCAGAGGAGGCCAUCAUGGAGCUGAACCUGCCCACAGGUAUCCCCAUUGUGUAUGAGCUGGACAAGAACCUGAAGCCUUUAGGACCCAUGCAGUUUCUGGGAGAUGAGGAGACCGUUAAGAAGGCAAUGGAAGCUGUGGCUGCUCAGGGCAAAGCCAAAAAAUAGACUCCCCACCCCCGUAAAUGAGCUAGAGUAUAUAUUGCUGUUCAGUUAUCAAGUUAAUAGAAGGUAAAUUACUGUCACUGUCAUCACAGACUUGCGUACACAAACACACAACGUGCACCUUAUUUUUAUUGAUUUGAUUGGUCUUUACUUUGUGACAUGUCGAAACAUAUGCCAUUAUAACACAAUGGAUAUCAGCUGUAAUAUGGUUUAAGCACUGACCAAAAUGCAAAAUUUGGGACCAGCGGAUAGGACCUAAUAUAGACUUACUCUGCAGUCAUCCCAUGUAUUCCUUCCCAUUUCCGACCCAUGUAGGAAUGCUAAGUGGGAGCAGUGUAACCUACAAAUAAACACUGGCUGUUGUUAAAAGGGCAAGUUGAUAUGCACUGCUGAUUUUUGUUUGCUGUGGCAUUGUGAGAAAAAUAAUAAAUGUUGUCAGCCAUUAUGUGA